GCUCGGGCUAAAUUCAAAAGCGUUUGGACAUCAUACCGGAACUUGUUGUUAGACCGGAACCGCAUGUUUGUCUGUUGCUUUACCACGUUCCCAUUCAAUCCCGCUCACCGAACCCUUGUAUGAUUAAUUAAAAAUAUUAACUUAUUGAGUGAUUUUCUUUUCUUGACUGAUUUGAAUUUUGAAUGGGUCCGCGCGCACAUAUAUAGACGCCCCCUUUGGCCGGACUAGCCCACUGAAUUGUUUGCUCCGCAGAGAUGGCUGGCUCCAAUGAAUGAUCGUCGUAACGCCACAGUCGGCAUUCUUAUUGUUGCAGUAGUUCUUGGAAUUAUUAUUUAUGCCAUCGUUCAAAGUAGUGUCGACCACGAGAAGGAAGAAAAGAGGAAGUCGAGGCCGCAGUACUCCGUCACGAGCGCCGCGUCGUCGCCGGAAGCCACCGUCGCCGGAAACCUCUUGACAGCGGACUUCAGAUUCACCCUCAAGGCCCACAACCCGAACAGGAAAAAGACCAUCUUCUACGGCAACACAACCCAGGUGACCCUUUACUGUCGGAGGUUCAGCGAGAUCACGUCGUCUCCGCUCCCUUUGGUCGGCCCUUCCACGCUCCCUCCCGGGAGUGACUCCACCGGCAUCGCCUUCAAUCUCCCCGUGCAAAACUGGCCCCUCCCAGCGGACACAGCAUUCUGCCACAUGAUCUUAACCAUGAUGUUUCGGGCCGGGUUUAAUCAGGAGGAGGAGGAAUCUAAGCGUCCCCGGAUAGAGGUCCGAUGCUCCCCUCUCACCUUCAAUUUUCAAACCAAGAACUUCACGGGGGACUACGGCACAUGUUCUAGCUUUCCACUCCGUUAAAACAAUUCCUCUUUUUUCCACUAAUAAUCUAUUCAUUACAUCUUAUUUUUAUCUAUCAUAUCAAUCACAGAAUUGAAAAGUCAACUACAUAUAUAAUGAAUGCAUCAUGUUUGAUUCGGAUUUGAAUCGGGCUAGAUCUGUUUUGAAUCGGUUCCAUCAUAUAUCCUUUAGAGGAAUUUCCGUAAAUAGCACUAAAACAUGAUGACUUUCCACAAAUAGCACUACAUGUGUUUUUCUUCCCAAUGUAGCACUUUUAGUCAUUAUCCAUUAGUCAUUAUUCAAGUAAAUGUUUACCAUCAGA